CAUCUUCAGCAGCUAUCGAAAAAAAGUGAAGCGUAAAAACUAAACGGUACAAGGAAAAUUUAUUCUGCCUGUGUGCGUGCUUGUGUUUAUGAAAAUUAGGUUUUCUGGCAUUUGCAAUUGGUGCAGCGUCGCGUUGGAAGGCCAAAAAACAGCCAGUGGAAACGCCCGGGUGGCGGAAAGAGACUGAAUCUGCGUGUGUGUACCAGUGCGCGAGUGCGAGUGUGUGUGUGUUUCGUUCCGUCCUCUGGUGUCUGGCACCUUAACACAACAACAACAACAACAACGCAAGCAGUCGAAGCAGCAACAACACACGCACAAUAAUAAGGCCCGUGACGUUGUCGCUACCGUCACCAUCGAAAGCAAAAGACCAAAACGAGCUGAAAAACAAAUAGCAGUGGUAGCGAAAGCAAAAGUCGCGUUCUUUUUUACAAAACUAGGCAUCCCAUUCGCUUGUCCCUAGGUUUUGUGGAACAGCCUCAACACGAAUUACCUACCGCUUGCCCUGCAACGGCGAUCGACUGUGGUUGCCAGCGCCCCAGCGCCAGGAUCUGUCUCCAGGAUCCCGGAAUCGCCCAGCACCACCGCCAGCAUCAACAUCAAACCCAGCCAAUCCAGCCAUCCAAACAACAGCGGCGGCGGUGCAGAUAGCCACAGCUGGAGACAGCCAUCCUGGCUAGACAGGAGCCCCUCGGUCACCACAGACGGAUCCGGAACCAUGUCGAUGAACACCACCUACGACGCGCCCAGCAUUAGCAUGGACAACCCACUGACGCAGCUGGUCAAGGAAGGCUGGCUGAUGAAACGGGGGGAGCACAUCAAGACCUGGCGCCAGCGCUACUUCAUCCUCUACUCCGAUGGACGACUGACGGGCUACCGCAGCAAGCCGGCAGACAGUGCCAGCACAGCCUCGGAUUCGCUGCUCAAUAAUUUUACGGUGCGCGGCUGCCAGAUCAUGACGGUAGAUCGGCCCAAACCAUACACCUUCAUUAUCCGCGGCCUGCAAUGGACCACGGUCAUCGAGAGGACAUUCGCCGUGGAGUCGGAAUUGGAUCGCCAGCAAUGGACGGAGGCCAUCCGUCAGGUGUCCAGCCGGCUCAUUGAUGUGGGCGAGGUGGCCAUGUCGCCAUCGGUUCAGACAGACAUGAGCGACGUAGACAUGGCCGGCAUUGCCGAAGUUGAGCUCUCCGAGCAGUUCUCCGUGCAGGGCACCACCUGCAACAGCAGCGGCGUUAAGAAAGUGACUUUGGAGAAUUUCGAGUUCCUCAAGGUGCUCGGCAAGGGCACCUUCGGUAAGGUUAUCCUGUGCCGCGAGAAGGCCACCGCCAAGCUGUACGCUAUUAAAAUUCUCAAAAAGGAGGUCAUCAUCCAAAAGGACGAGGUGGCCCACACCCUGACCGAGAGUCGUGUUCUCAAGUCCACAAAUCAUCCGUUCCUCAUUUCACUCAAAUAUUCGUUUCAAACCAACGACCGCCUGUGUUUCGUGAUGCAAUACGUGAACGGAGGCGAGCUCUUCUGGCAUUUAAGCCACGAACGCAUCUUCACCGAGGAUCGCACCCGCUUUUAUGGGGCAGAGAUCAUUUCCGCCCUGGGAUACCUGCACUCGCAGGGCAUCAUUUACCGCGACUUGAAGCUGGAGAAUCUUUUGCUGGACAAAGAUGGCCACAUCAAGGUCGCCGACUUCGGUCUGUGCAAGGAGGACAUCACCUACGGCCGAACAACGAAAACCUUCUGCGGAACACCGGAAUACCUAGCUCCAGAAGUAUUAGAUGACAAUGACUAUGGCCAGGCGGUGGAUUGGUGGGGCACCGGCGUGGUUAUGUACGAGAUGAUCUGUGGUCGUCUUCCCUUUUACAAUCGUGAUCAUGAUGUGCUCUUUACAUUGAUUUUGGUGGAGGAGGUCAAAUUCCCACGCAAUAUUACAGAUGAGGCGAAAAAUCUACUGGCAGGCCUUCUGGCCAAGGAUCCCAAGAAGCGAUUAGGUGGUGGCAAGGAUGAUGUCAAGGAAAUUCAAGCACAUCCCUUCUUUGCGAGUAUUAACUGGUCAGAUCUGGUGCUGAAAAAGAUACCGCCACCUUUUAAGCCUCAGGUCACCUCCGAUACGGACACACGGUACUUCGACAAGGAGUUUACGGGAGAGAGUGUGGAGCUAACGCCGCCGGAUCCUACCGGGCCGUUAGGCUCCAUAGCCGAAGAGCCGCUUUUCCCGCAGUUCAGCUACCAAGGAGACAUGGCCUCCACGUUGGGCACCUCGUCGCACAUUAGUACUUCCACCAGUCUCGCAUCGAUGCAAUAGAACAAGUUUACAAACUUUUACAAGCACACAUCAUGUUCUGCUUCAUCACCUAUUACUAUACUAUACCUAUACCAUAUAGAAAUGGGCAAAAGAAAACAAAAAGCAAGAAUAUAUUAAAUAAUAAUUAUACCAUGAUAACGAA